GUUUAAGGUCAUCAACAACAGAUGUCACUCGUCCACCAAAUUCUAUUUUCAAGAUAACCUUCAAGUGAUUUAGUCAAAUGAAUUGAUAACAGCAAGUAUUAGGUGCAUCGGCUAGACACUGUGAAAAAUAUUUGGUUAAUCUAAUCAAGUGCUACUGUUACUUUUAAGGCCAAAAUGAAUUCGCUGAAUAGGGUUUUAGUGUUAAGUUCAACUAUACCUAAAAGUUCGAGGCUGAUUGCCACGACGAGUACCCGACUGAACGCUGACGAUGGAUGGCUUUCGAAGUUAUUGGUACGAAAAAUAGAGCCGACGAAGGAAUCUCACAGUCGUAUGCUUAGCGACAAGGAGAUCAUAUAUGCGUUGCACACUCAUAACAUUCGGCCUGAUUCUGUAGACAAAUAUUUACAAAACUACAAAACUUCUGUGGCGUUUGUAGAAUCAAAGAAAUCGGAAUUAGGAUGUGAGCUAGUGGGAUCAUGGACAGUGUCAGUCGGAGAUAUGGAUCAAGCGCUGCACCUCUGGCGUUAUGUAGGUGGCUUCGAAAAAAUUGAUAAGGCGAAGAUAUUAUUCAAAGAAAGCCCUGAAUAUCGAGCCCUGGAGAAAGAAAGGGGAAAUUACGUUCGUUCCCGCCACUUGCAAUACUUGCUAGCCUUCAGCUUCUGGCCGUCUGGUGAUCCUCGUCCCGGGAAGAACAUUUACGAAAUCCGAUCUUACAGUCUAAAGCCUGGUACGAUGAUCGAGUGGGGCAAUAACUGGGCUCGUGGUCUUACCUACCGACGCUCUCAGAACGAGGCCUUCGCCGGGUACUUCUCACAAAUCGGAAGGCUAUACAAUGUGCAUCAUAUUUGGUGCUACAAGGACCUGCAGGCGCGGCGCGAGACCCGCGAGAGCACGUGGCGCAACCCCGGCUGGGACGAGUGCGUGGCCUACACCGUGCCGCUCAUCCGGGAAAUGCACUGCCGCAUCCUCGAACCCACUGACUUCUCGCCCACCCAGUAGGCGGCUGAACUGAGCCUCGACGCACAUUAUCUGAAUUUUGUCACAAAAAUAAACUUACAAGCACCGCUAACCUGAUGAAUUUUCUAAAACCCUCGGUAACUAAACAUUGCAGAGAUCGUAAACUAAACAACUUAUAUAAUUGUAAGUAUUAGCUUGUGAAAGUUAACAUCAACUAAAUUUGCUACAAAAUACUCUAGACGCACACAUUACUAAUACAGACACAAACUACAGUUAGUGCAGCGCCUUAAGGGUUAAAUACGAGUCCAGAUUAAGCAAUAUAUCAUAGAACAUUAGUUAUUUAAUAUAGUAUUCAAUUACAUGAGAAAACACGUGAAAUAUUACCAUUUUAUAAAUGCAUGUACAUAAAUUUAUAUAAACAAAAACAUCGUGUCUACUUAAUUUUAAUAUUGUAACAAAUAAAAAUACAAAACAGUCCAAUAAAGCAAUAUUUAACAUUACUAAUACUGGUGGAUAUUAUUAAUUUACUUUUUCGGGCCAAAGUUAUUAGAUAGUAGGUACCAAACGUACUAACAAUUUGUUACUUGCUUUGUUAGCUAUAUUUUAAAAUACUUCUUAGCAAAACUGUAUAGUUCUGCUAGUGUAUAUAAUAAUGUGCGGCGAGGCUAAACUACACUAGCGUUUUUCGACUUUUUUUACUCUUAUUUUUUGUUAAACUUAUACAUUGCACGUAGUCGAUGUACCGCUACAAUUGUGCAUUAUUUAAAACUAUGUAAUUAAUUUUUUUAUACAAAUCUUUUUUUUAAUAAUCGAUUUUAAAAAACAAAGACGUAAAAAGUUCAUCCUAGAUUAUGCGGUGAUUUUAUCGAAUGCUUGCCACUAUCGACAUAUCGAUAAAUCAGUAGUUAUAUUGAAAUAAAAUUAUGAAGUAAUAAUGUGCAUUUACGCAGCAAGUUACUGUUGAAAGAUGUUCAAACGCUAGUGUGGCUCGAUACUAUAUAAAACAGGUAAUCCCUCGGGGAAAACCCGAUGUAAAUAAGUAAUAAUUAUAUCGUACAAAAAUGUUAAAUACUACCUGAGUCGUAUGGAUAGUAUAGCAUUUUAUUCUUUUUUAGCUAAAUAUGAAAUCGUGUAUGAAAAAUAUAUUAUUAUAUAAAAA